UAAUUAUUGAUCCAAAUAUUGUACACUUUGACAAAAAAACAUGACAUUCCUUGGGGGUAUGUAAAAUUUAUUUUGAUUGAGCUAAUUUUUAGGCUUGUGUAGUGCUCUACUGAAACUCAUCUCAUCCGGCGUGGCAUUGCCACCUCAGUUGUGAUCACGGAUGAACAGGAGGAACGGAAGAAGCAACGGCAGGAGGGCUGAGAGCAACGGCAGGAGGGCUGAGAGCAACGGCCGUCACUCUUCGGCGUCCCACCAAACGCCGCCACCGCCGUCGCAGCCAGUACCGUCGCCGCCAUCCCCACCUUCACCACCAGCACAAACACCGCCCCCUCAUCCCGCCGAGCUUGCGGCUCAGUCUGCUGCAUACUUUGACGACCUUUUUGGUCCGGGCUCUAGGGGGAUGGUGAGGAGCUAUGCUUCUUCUGCGGCUACAAACGGAUAUCAUGCCGCGAAUGGUACUCGUGCGGCAGGUAAUGGAGAAAGUAGCACCAAUAGGGACCACAAUACUUAUCAAAUGGCAAGAAAUCCAUGGCAAUACAACUCCUCCAUUUUCUAUGGUGGCCAAGAAGAUAUUUAUGUCCGACCCAGACCCCCCCCAAGAAGGCCCGAAGAUGACAUAAAUGAUGAGACAUAUUGUAAUAUAGGAGAUUGGUGGAAAGGGUCAUACCACUACUAAGGUGGAGGGGGAAUCUUAGAGGCACAAAAAUAAAUUAAACAUCCAAAAAAAAAAGAUAGCCAACAAGCAAGCUAAGGAGCUGCAUGGGCAUGCAUAUGGCACUUCAGUUUCCUUUUCUUUUUUUGUUGUGUUUCACUCUCUAUAUACAGUGGCUU